GACAGUGACAACCAAUAUUUUUGUAGUCUCCCUAUAAAUCUCCCAUAAUUAUUGAGUGUACCUAGUUGUGUAUCUCAUGAGUUCGCAACUCACACCGAAGUUGACUUCGUAUCUCUCACCAACCUGACCGCUCGUUAUCCUGAAUAUUUAAUGGGUCGACCCCGCCUUCAUGCAACGGCGCAAGAAAGAGUUGCUGCCGCACGAAAAUAUAGACAGGACUACUAUGAAAGGAAUAAGAAAACAAUAAGCGUGAAAAUGGCAGCCAAAUACAAAGCACGACGUGCAGGCAAGCCGAGCAGAAUAAACCAUGAGCCUGCGAAGACCACACAGCUCUCCGGACAUUCUCCACAGCUUGAGAGGCAUGUGACCGAACAAGAGACAUCCAUAUCCGAUAGCGAGAGUGAGCACGAGUCACUACCUGAUAGUUAUCUCCGUCGCAUCGGUUUACAGUAUGUGUUCGAGCUCCUGCUGGUUCCCUAUUCCAGAAUUGAUGGAUUCAACCUUAGACAACGCAUCCAAGACGUUCAAACAGCAGUAGCAGAGACAACUGCUCUUCAUGCUGAGGACUACUUCGAGCAUCUCUAUUCUAGCCUGACGAAGAACUCGAAUGAUUAUCAACUCCGGCUAUCAAUCAUUUCGGAUGCCCUGAAACUUUUAGAAAAACAUAGUUUGCAAACCCGCAUGUUGGAGGCAGAACUUGUGCAAGAGAACGGGACCGGGAAAUUGUUAUCCCAAGCACAAGAGCUCACACAGACACUACGGGAUAUGACGGGAGCUGCUGAAGAGCUCUGGUGCUUCAUCGUAGACGACCCGGAUGCUACGAAGCUCAUACAACAAUACUCUCGAGGUGAAUUGCGAUUUCAACGGCCAAAUGUAGACAAAUGAUCACGGAUUCUUGACAUUAAUGAUAUACAUUGACGGCUGUUGAGAGGCAGUAUAGUCCUGCUCUGACAUCCUAAUUUCCCCACACUUCUUAGACUCUCGCACACAGUUUGGCCACGAGAAUCGCGAGU